AUGUCAAAUAAAAAAACUACAGAAAUCAAAUUAGACGAAAGAGUAAAUUCAUACAAAGAAUAUUUGUAUGAAAAAACACUCAAUUAUUUAAAAAAUGUAAUUCCAGAAAGAAUUCAAGAAUUCCAUAAAUUAUCCCAAAAAGGUGACGAAAAUUUUAAAGAUGAUCCAAUCCAAAAUGUUUUAAAGAAAAGAAAAUUAGAAUCAGAUAAUGGAUUUGAAGCUCCUUCAUUAGAAAAUUUAAUGAAAAUUAAUAAAAAAAUUAUUGAAGCUCACACCAAAUUAAGAAAAGAUUAUAUUGAAGUUAUUGAAAUUUUUUCAACCAUCAGAGCAUGGAUCCAUAUGAAUAUACCUAGAAUUGAAGAUGGUAACAAUUUUGGUGUCGAUAUUCAAGAAGAUGUCGUUGCUACCCUUACAAAAUUAGAAGAUGUUUACACCACAUUAUUAGAAACUUGUGAAAGUUAUUUCACUUCAAGAGCCCAAUACAUGAAGAGAGCUUUAAAAUACAAGGAAAUUGAUUCCUAUAGACAUGUCAUUGCCCAAAUAGAUGAAAAAGAAUUUAUUAAAUUUAAUUUUGCAUACUUUGAUUUAGCUAAUAACUAUUCAACUACCUAUUCACUCAUUGUUAAAAACUUUGCAAAACUCGAACAACCAAGACCAACCAAUGUCACAAGCAGUAUGUUCUAA